CCUCUGUCCUCUGACAGGCGGGCGUUCUUUCCGGGUGCCAUGGGAGGGCUCUGGGUUACGCGAUGGACUCGCGUGCCUUUCUGUGGGUGGCCCUGGAACCACCCUGGAAACCCCACCAGGGCUGCGGAGAGGGUAGAGUCUUGUCUCAGGUCGGGGAGGAGCGGGACACGGGGUGCUGAGAGGGAGCUGAGACGGCUCGGGACAUGGAGGCGCCCGAGCUUGGCUGUGCAGCCGCCGCGGCGGCCGAAGAGCACUAACCCCUUCACGCGCGCACAGGAGGAGGAUUGGCGGCGGCGGAACAAGACCGUCCUCACGUAUGUGGCCGCGGCGGCCGUGGGCAUGCUGGGGGCGUCCUACGCCGCUGUGCCCCUUUACCGGCUCUACUGCCAGACUACUGGACUUGGAGGAUCGGCAGUAGCAGGUCAUGCAUCAGACCAGAUUGAAAACAUGGUACCUGUUAAGGAUCGCAUUAUUAAAGUCACCUUUAAUGCAGAUGUGCAUGCAAGUCUCCAGUGGAACUUUAGACCUCAGCAAACAGAAAUAUAUGUAGUGCCAGGGGAGACUGCACUGGCGUUUUAUAAAGCUAAGAAUCCUACUGACAAACCAGUAAUUGGAAUUUCUACAUACAAUGUGGUACCAUUUGAAGCUGGACAGUAUUUCAAUAAAAUACAGUGCUUCUGUUUUGAAGAACAAAGGCUUAAUCCACAAGAGGAAGUAGAUAUGCCGGUAUUUUUCUACAUUGAUCCUGAAUUUGCUGAAGAUCCAAGAAUGGUGAAUGUUGAUCUCAUCACUCUUUCUUAUACUUUUUUUGAAGCAAAGGAGGGGCAUAAGUUGCCGGUUCCAGGCUAUAAUUGAAGUCAGAACUAAGUCCUGCUUCAAAUUUGUGAUUUUUGAAAAAUCAUGUAUCUUCUCAGAGGAGAAAUAUUUAUAAUAAUGUGAAGCCUUCUAUUUUACAUUUUAUAUACUUAUGGUUCUUUUUUCCCAACUAAGUUACCCUACUUAGAAUGUGUAACUGUUCAAAACCAUACUUAGAGUUUAAGUAGUAUUAGAAGAAACUGCUUUGUUUCUUAAAUAUGUUGGCAUGGACUUGAUGGUUCAGCUUAAUUCACUGGUCCCCUUUCAAAUUAUGAGCACUUCAUACUUGUAGCAAUGAAUUUUUAUUAUUAUUUCUACAAUAGUUGGUUACUACUUUCAUUAUGAACAGUCACUAUUUUAAAAGCUCAAAAUGGAAGAGGAAUCACUAAGCCCUAACAGCUUGCCUAAAGAUUACAUUCUGAUUUCAAAUUUGACUGUAUUUUUCCUUUAAGAUCUAGGGCUAUUUUACAUUCAGAGUACUAAACAAGUACUUUGAAAUUUCAGUACCAUGAAAUUUAAAUAAAAUGCAUAAGUAUAUCCGGUAGGUUUCUAGCAUUUUUUGUGAUAGUUCCAAGUCUCCAAAUUUUAAAAUAUAAGUGGGAUUGUGAAGAUUUACUGACAGCAGAGUUCUUCUGAAAAAAGAUGUAUUGAACUGUUUUAAUAGUAAUUUAUGACAAACCAAAGUACAAUUUAUUCUGAAUGUUUUCCAGUAGUCUUUUUUCCAAAAAGAAAUAAAAAAGGAGCAUUUAGUGUUAUAAAGAAUUAUAUUUAAAGGCAAACAGUGUAGAAUCCAGUAACCUCUUGAGGGUACCUGAAAUAUUAAACUACAAUCAUCAAGGCUUUUACAAUUCAUAAUCCUAAACAAGAGUAUUAUUUAUAAAGAAGUGCAAAUUGACUUUUACAUUCAACUUUAGUUAAAUGAAGGCACUCAGUAUUCUUCCUGAAUAAUAAUAGUUUUUCACAUUUCAUGCUUUCAUCUGUUAACAAUUAUUUUGUAAUGAAAGUCUUCAUCUACUCUUAUCCGAGCUCUUAUGAUGAUUUCUAAAUGUAGGAAGGUCUGAAACAUAAGGUGCUACACUUAAUCUGGUUAGCCUCAGUACCAUGAAUUUUUCUUCUGCUUAAGUUUUAAGUGAAUAUAUGUUACAACCAAGUUCUUUUGAGAUAAAGCUUAAGCUGCUGUCAGGAGCCAUAAAUGUUACUCUGGAACUGUUACUCUUCUGUUUAAACCUCAUUACUGCAGAGGAGAAAUGUUCCACUGUGGCUUUGACGUUCUGGAAGGUCUUAACUUCUGGGUCUCAAAGCUGAACAGGGUCUACCUUUAGGAGAAUUGGCACCCAUAAUGCUGCUAGUGAGCUGGUCAUCCACUUCCACCUGGAAUAAAAAGAAGAGUCAACCAUCUCCAUCUUUUCCUCUUUCCCCAUUCCUUGUAACUAGAGAGCCACAGUCUAGUAGAGGAAAGGUGGGAAUGUACUACUUCCAUGGGGGAAGGUGUGGAGGGAAUAAAUAAGGUUAAUAGGCUA